CUUAAUGAUCAAAAACAAGUAAAAUUUGAACCAAAUGUUAAUGAUAAUGAUCAGAUUGAAUCAUUGAUGAUGAAUAGAAAAAAAUUAUUUGAAAAUUGUCUGUUAUUGAUGACCAAUACUACUACUAAUCAUAAUCAUCAUCAUCAAUUAUCAAAUGAAACAAUUAUUUCAUUACCAGAUAUGAUACCUACACUAUUUCCACAUUACAAUCGAAUUCUAAAUGAACUUAUCAAUCAACUGAACUUGAUGUUUGAAACAAAUAUACAAUCUGAAUCAACUACAAUGAAAAAAUUUGAAGAUAAAAUCCAUCAAACAUAUUUUAUGUUAAGCCAUUUGCAAUAUAUAAUCCGUUCGUUAACAAAUUUACAGCCUGUUAAUGAACAUUGUUCACGUUGGUUUUUGAAAAUUUAUUCAAUUUGUCAAGGUUUUAUCGAUGAUGAUGAUGAUACCAAAUGGAUAAAAUAUCGUUAUAUGAUAAUUGUUGGUUCAAAAAUUCUUGAUAUUUAUCUGGUUGAUAUGGCUAAAUCAGAACAAUCUGCUGAACAUUUGAAAAUGUUUCUAUCAAAUCUUGAUCCAUUUACAUUUUGUAUUAUGAUCAAUCAUUUAAAUCAGAUAAAAAAUGUUCAAAUGUCCGAAUUAUUAAGAAAAACUUUACAAAAUUAUAGCAAAAUUUUGGAUAAUCAUUUUUCCCAAUAUCAAUUCAAAUUAUCAUUAAUUCAACAACAAAUAAUGACUGUAUUUACAACAUCGACCAAUAAAAAUCAAAUAGAUUUUGAAACAAUAAUAUUGAAUGAACUAUUGAAUCAUAUUGUAAUCAAUGUUGAACAAUAUGAUGAUGAUGAUGAUGAAACAUUCAAAUUAAUUGCAAUUUUAAUUGAAAAAAUUUGUAAUCAUUACAAUGAAAUUGAU